AUGGCGACUUGUGAUAGUGGGCCUAUGUUCUUGAAGGCUAUCAAUUGUGAAGGUGAGACAAAAAAUGCAUCAUUCAUUGCUAACUUGCUUGAUGAGUGCAUUCGUGAAAUUGGUCCACAAAAUGUGGUUCAAGUAAUCACCGACAAUGCAAGUGCUUGCAAAGCGGCGGGGCAAAUUAUUGAAGCCAAAUAUAGUCACAUUUUUUGGACUCCAUGUGUUGUGCACACAUUAAACCUUGCUUUGAAGAACAUUUGCACACCGAAGGCAAGUCCCAAUAAUGAUGUGUGGGGUCAAUGCAUUUGGAUUAGUGAUGUUGCUGAUGAGUGUUGGGCAGUGAAAAACUACAUCAUGAACCACCAAAUGAGAUUGGCCAUGUUUAAUCAUCAUUCAAAGUUGAAGUUUCUUUCAAUUGCCGAUACCCGCUUUGCUUCCAUAAUUGUGAUGAUGAGGAGAUAUAGGGAAAUAAAGGUUGAAUUACAAAGAAUGGUGGUUAGUGAGGAAUGGGAUGCAUAUCAAGAAGAUAAUGUUGAAAAAGCAAAAUGUAUCAAAGAGAAAAUAUUGGAUGAUGUACUUUGGUCUAAAAUUGAUUACAUACUUAGUUUUACAUAUCCCAUUUAUGACAUGCUUAGAAAGUGUGAUACGGAUAUGCCUUGUCUUCACUUGGUUUAUGAAUGGUGGGAUUCUAUGAUAGGAGAUGUGAAGGUGGCUAUUUAUAAAAAAGAAGGCAAGCAACUUUAUGAAGAUUCAGAAUUUUUUAAUGCGGUGAAUGAGGUUUUAUUGCAAAGAUGGACCAAAAGCAACACUCCACUCCAUUGCCUUGCACAUUCUUUGAAUCCAAGGUAUUAUACUACUGAAUGGCUUGUUCCAAAUCGUGUUGCUCCGCAUCAAGAUCAAGGCAUUACAUUACAAAGGCAAAAAUGCUUUGAGCGACUCUUUCCUAAUGAUUUGGAUAGAAUGCAUGCUAGAGAAGAGUAUGCCGCUUUUUCAGGUGGAAUUGACCAUUUUUCAAAUGCGGAUUCUUUAAUCGAUAGAGGUCGUAUGCAAUCG